AUGUCUUUUUCUUUUGGUGAAUUUCCCGUCAAGGGUAAGAUCGUUGUCGUCACCGGCGGCGGAUCAGGAAUUGGUCUUACUUUUGUCAAGCACGCUUUCGAUCAAGGAGCCAAAGUUAUCAUUGCAGAUCUCCGUCUCCAUUCCGACGCAACCAAAAUCGGAAUUACGACUACCAUCCCGAAUAUCUACUUCCAAACCUGCGAUGUCACGAAAUGGGACCAACUCCAGAAUCUAAUCCAGAUCUCAGAAGUGCAGUUUGGCGACGUGCCUGAUAUUUAUGUGGCUGCAGCGGGCGUCUUCGAACCUCCAUGGUCCAAUUUCUGGGGUGAUCCAGAAACCGAGAAAUACAGUAUCAUGGAAAUCAAUGUCAAUCACCCGAUCAAGAUAACUAGGAUUGCUAUCAGAGCCUUGCUAGGCAAAUAUAAGAAAGGUGUUGUACUGAUUGUUGCUUCGAUUGCGGGGUACUCGGGACAGUAUUCUGCGCCUCUCUAUUCCACGAGCAAACAUGCCGUGGUAGGGUUCACUAGGUCGAUGGUUGAUACGGGGAAGUACCAGGGUGUGAAGGUGGUCACUAUAUGUCCUGGAAUCGUGGCAACACCACUAUGGUCUGAUAAUCCGAAAGCAAAAGAUCAGUUCUCCAUCGCAGACGAAAUAAUGAUUUCGGCAGAUACAGUCGCCGCGAGCAUGGUCUCAUUGAUUGAAGACGCAAAAUAUGACAGUGGGACGGUGUUUGAGAUUUCUAUGCUUGGGGAAAGAGUGAUUCCCCCUUGGAAUAUUGAUCCGCCAGGGAUGGUUGACGGGAAGAUGGCAGAGGGGACAGCAAUUCCGCAGGCGGCUAUUGAUAAGAGCAAUGCGCCACUUUUAGCAAUAACGGCGAGCGAGAGAGGGGCUUUGUUAAAGAAGUAG